GGGACUUCGACUGUCUGCUACCAUUGAUUCCGUGUUGACGUUCAACCGGCGGUGGUGUUGUUCGUACGAACCCGUACGAUAAGUGAAAAGAACACAACAACGAUAAAUAAUACGUUUAUUUGCGCGCGUUACUGGUUGUCCACGGGUUCUUGUUUUCGAGUCGACGUAUAGUGAUCACGAUGCGCGCCACCCGAACGGUUUUUACGUGUCGGGCACCCGACACUGACCAGACGUCGUCGGAUCACGGCCGAGCAACAGUUUGAACCGAGAGCCGCGAUAACACAGUUAACCAUGGAUAGUGUUCGAGCUCUAGAAGUGAUGGGCCUUCUUCAAGAGAAGAUCGCAUUCCUCACUGGUGGUCGAGACAAGCGAGGGGCUCCUGUCGUUACGUUUCCCUCUACUCCACGAAGAGAACGAGCUAAGCUUGAAGAUUAUCGACGGUUAUUGCAAUAUUUUGGAUCUAUACCCCCCUGUGAAGCUAAAGAAUCAGGUUUAGUAGCUGUGAUUGAUAUGCGAGGUGGUUCUGGCUGGUCAUCUGUCAAACCAAUCUUGAAAGCCCUCCAAGAUUGGUGUGCCGGAGGCAAUGGGAACCAUGUGUAUGCUGUAUACGUAGUAAAACCUGAUAAUUUUUGGCAUAAACAACGAACCAGCAUGGCUAGCCAUAAAUAUAAAUUUGAAACAACAAUGGUUAAUUUAGAAGGCUUAUCAAAGUUUAUAGAUUCUACACAAUUGACGUCAGAUCUCGAUGGAUCUUUACACUAUGAUCACGCCCAAUGGAUUGAUAUAAGACUUAGUAUUGAAGAAUUUAUGUGGCAAGCUGCUGAUUUGUUAGAUCGAUUAGAUGAUUUACAAGAAGAUUUAAGUCGUAAUGAUUGUAGAGAUGAUAUUGCUGGUGCCAAACUUGCCCUUGACUUUCAUACCGACAUGAAAAAGAAAGUACUUAAGACCCCUGUAGAGGACAUGGAUUUAGCUGGUCAACAACUUUUGCAGAGAUUAUCCGGAGACAAUAAUAGUGGUUAUGAUUCUGGUUAUUCUGGACGUGAUAGUGAAGCUAGCAAUGGUAUUAGUAAUCCAGAUUUACAAGCAUCUGUACCACAAAUACUACAACAAUUGGAUACCAUUAGAACAUCUCAUAAACAUGUGUUACAGCUAUGGCAGCAUAAAAAACUUAAAUUAGAUCAAUGUUUCCAGUUGAGACUAUUUGAACAAGAUUGUGAAAAGAUGUUUGAUUGGAUUUGCCAUAAUCGAGAUGUAUUUUUGAUGAGUUAUGUUGAAAUUGGACAUUCCUAUCAACUUGCCAAAGAUAUACAAGAAGAGCACAAUCAUUUCACAAUGAGUUCUAUGAAUGUGUACGUGAACAUAAAUCGUAUCGUAGCUGUUGCACAUCGUAUGAUAGAAUCUGGGCAUUAUGCUUCUAAUCAUAUAAGAACUGUUGCUCAACGAUUAGAUAGAACAUGGAAGCAGUUUGCAGCUGGAUUAGAUGAACGGACAUCAGUGUUAGCAUUGUCUGUUUUAUUUCAUCAUAAAGCUCAGCAGUAUGUGGAAAAUGUACCAAACUGGGAUGAGGCCAUUGAAAAUGUAACCAUACCAAAUGAAAUUAUGGUAUUAGAAAAUUCAAUUCACCAACAUCAGAACUUAUACGAACUCAUGUGCCAAGCAUAUACUGAGGUUUAUAAUGGGUAUCAAAGCCUAUUAAACGGGCUGGAUACUUUGGUACAAGUCUGCGAAAGUUUUCCAACUCCUCCAAGCAAUGUACCAUUUAUACAUUAUGGCAAUUCUCCACAAAAAAAUGUUCAUAGCACGAGUAAGAAGCUGCUCUAUCAGUUGGACCAUUUGGUUCAGGUGUGUAACCAAAGUGACUUAACACCAGUCGCUGAACAACAUCAUAAACAUCUGGAUAGUGGAUCAGAUUCUUCAGCCAACACAACUAAGACAGUUGGAACAAACCACCAACAAGCUGCAGCUGAUUAUUCAGAAGGCGCCAGUCAUGUGCUCGCUGUCAUACACCAAAUUUUAAACCAUCAUAGAAGUUUAGAACAUCGAUGGCAUUCUAAGAAGAUAAGACUUCAUCAGAAAUUAGCAUUACGUUUAUUUCAAGAAGAUGUCAAACAAGUUCUUGACUGGUUGUCUAACCACGGAGAAGUGUUUUUAAGAAAGAAUACUGGAAUUGGACGGACAUUACAAAAAGCUAGGGUGUACCAAAAAAGUCAUGAACAUUUCGAAAAUGUGGCCCAGAACACAUAUACUAAUGCUGAGAAAUUGCUAACGGCUGCUGAAGAACUGUCUCAAACCGGCGAAUGUGACGCGUCUGACAUUUGUUCGGUGGCUGCCGAACUUGAAAGUCAUGUAGCCGCUUUUGCGGCUCGUGUUCAAGCUAGAAGACGGCGUUUGCAGAGAGCCGUUAAUUUUUAUACGCAUCAGUCUGAGCUCCAAGGCUGGCUCGAUGAACUCAGAGCUGAAACCGACGGGUGUGACGAGGCAGCAGACACUCUGGAAGGAACCGAAAGAGCUCUAGAACAAGUCAGCCACCAGCGGGAUUCUUGUUUAGAUGCGUGUCAUUCGACAAUAACCGAAGGGGAGGCGUUGUUACAAGAACUGAGAAGUGGAGGCGUGACUGCAGAAAUGGACCCUACCGGAUCAGUUGCUGCUGUAGAUGCUGCACUCGAGCGAUUAAAUAAACAACGUUUAGAGUUGGAACAACUAUGGGCAACUCGAAAAUUAAAAUUGGAUUUAUGUCUGAGACUACGGAUUUUUGAAAGAGAUGCACUUGAAGUGUCUUCUCAGUUGGAGCUUUGGGCAAAUGAAUUAGAAAGAAAUCAAAAUGAAGUAAUAACAACAUUAUCAGAAUCUGAGUCACGGUUAUCUCGCCAUAAUGAUUCAGUGGCACAAAUGCAGGCUGCAGUUUACCAAGCACUCGAGCAAGGCGAACAAUUGGCUCAAGUAUUGGAUAAAUCCGGAGUCGGUGUAAUGGCUGACAGUCAAUAUACUGCUCAAACUAGAGUACAAGUGUUGCUGGAGUUUUUGCAUGAACGCCAUAUGGACUUGGUAGAGUUAUCUGAAAUUAAACGUAGCCGGCUUGAUCAAGCUGUUCAACUGUGUCAAUUUAAUAAUGAUGCAUCACAAGUGAUAAGUUGGAUUCGUAACGGUGAAUCAAUGCUAUCGGCAAAUUUUACUAUUCCCAACUGUUUAGUUGAUGCAGAAAUUCUGAAAAAAGAACAUGAACAAUUUCAAGUUGCAAUUGAAAAAACUCAUUCAGCUGCUGUUCAAGUAAAACAAUUGGCUGAAUCUCUUGUAGCAGCAAAUCAUUACGACUCAACUACAGUAAAAGAAAUGGCAGUAGAAGUGACGAAACGGUGGCAACAGUUGGUUACAUGCGCUGAAGAAAGACACAAAUUAGUUACUGCUAGUCUAAACUUUUAUAAAACUGCAGAACAAGUAUGUUCUGUCAUGGAUAGUCUUGAACGAGAGUACCGCCGUGAGGAGGAUUGGUGUGGUGGUGGUACUACUGAAGCCGAUAAAUUAGGACAACUUUGUACUAAACAUCAAGAACAAAAAGAAGCUUUCCUAAAAGCAUGCACAUUGGCUAGGCGAACGGCUGAAACAUUUUUAAAAUAUACUAAUCGUAGCUUGCAGUAUUAUAGCUGUACUAAUCAGUCUAUAGCUACUGUGGAUACAGCUUCUGAAGCUAGAGUUAAAAACAUUCUUGAAAAAUUAUCGGGUCAGGAAAACAAAGUACUUGAUCAUUGGUCACAAAGAAAAAAACGACUUGAUCAGUGUCAACAGUUUGUAUUGUUUGAUAAGUCAGCCAAACAAGCAAUGGAAUGGAUACACAAUGCUGGUGAACAAUAUCUAAAUACUCAUACUACUGUUGGUGCUACACAGGAUGAAACAAGACAUUUACUACGUGAACAUAACGAGUUUAAAACAUCGGCCAAAGAGACCCGAGAAAAAGUCAAAUUGUUAAUACAGUUGGCAGACAAUUUAGUGGAAAAAGGCCAUGCUCACGCCAAUGCAAUAAAACAAUGGGUGGCUGCAGUUGAUAAUACCUAUAAACAUUUUAGUUCUAGAAUGGAUAAAUAUAGGUUUGAAUUGGAAAAGAGUUUAGGCAUUCAAGAACAUGUUGAUACCCGUGAUCUGUCCAUUGAUAGAAACUCAGAUCCAAAUUUAGAGCAAAAAGUAAAAGAAUCAACUAAAGAUUUGAAAGAAUUAAAUGAAGAGAAAAGAAGAUCAGCUAGAAGAAAAGAAUUCAUUAUGGCAGAACUUCUCCAAACUGAAAGAACAUACGUAAAAGACUUGGAUGUUUGCAUUAAAGCUUAUUUAGAUGAAAUACGCGCUCUUCAAAAUGUCCCAAUUGGACUUCACGGGCGAAUUGAUAUUUUAUUCGGUAACAUCGAAGACAUACGCAAUUUCCAUAGAGAUGUUUUUAUCAAAGAAUUGGAAAAGUAUGAGACAAUGCCUGAAGAUGUGGGACAUUGUUUUGUCACGUGGGCACAAAAAUUUGAUAUGUAUGUGAAAUAUUGUAAAAAUAAACCAGAGUCUAAUGCCAUAUUAGUACAACAUUCUGGUUCGUGUGGUGGUGUUUUUGAAGAGCUUCAAAAAAAACAUAACAUUGAUCACCCUAUUGCUGCUUAUUUAAUAAAACCAGUUCAAAGAAUCACCAAGUACCAGUUGCUGUUAAAAGAUCUUCAAUCAUGUUGCAAAGAAGGCCAAGGAGAAAUUAAAGAUGGCUUGGAUGUGAUGUUGAGUGUACCUAGAAAAGCCAAUGAUGCUUUGCAUCUGUCCUUAUUAGAAGGAUGUGAUAUUUCUACCGACGAACUUGGUGAUGUUGUUGUACAAGAUACAUUGUACGUUUCUGACUCAAGACAUCACCUAUUGCGUAAAAGCCGUGAAAGACAUUGUUUUUUAUUUGAAUUGUACUUAGUAUUUGCCAAACAUGUAAAAGAUCACUCAAAUAAUCCUAAAGUAAAAUACCUAUACAAAAAUAAACUUAUGACUUCAGAACUUGGUGUUACUGAACAUAUAGAAGGAGAUGAAUGCAAAUUUGCUGUGUGGACUGGCCGUGCACCAAUUUCUGAUUACCGUAUUGUGUUAAAAGCAUCCACAUUAGAAGCAAAACAAACCUGGGUGAAAAAACUUCGGGAAGUAAUUCAAGAGACGUACUUCAAUUCUGCUUUGCGUAUGUAUAUGCCCAAGAGUCCAGCAAAACUUAAACCUGAUAGUCAACGAUCAAGCCGAGAUUUAGAAGAAGAAAACUUGGACCGAGGUUCACUGGCUUCGUUUGGAUCAGGGAACACAACCGAUUCCGACAAAAACUCGGGCGUGGAGAUGACGUGGGUGAUCGCGGAUUUCACGGCCACAGCUGCCGGCCAGGUUACUGUCGCCAAAGGCCAGCAGGUCGAGCUCCUGGACUGCUGUGGUGGUACGAGCGAAAUGGUUUUGGUGCGGGUACCGUCCGACUGUACCGAAGGAAUGGUGCCGCAUAUUGUACUCAAGCAACCACCGUCACUCAAGUCGCCGCAAGCCACAGAAACCAUUUCUGGAGAAUGUGUGGAUAACGCCGCCGCCGCCGCUGCAGCAUCUUUGGUUUGCAAUAACUCACCGGUGACCAAAAGACGUGUUUUCAGCGGGAGGAUGUGGAUCCCACAACCGUUGAGGAAAUUCAGCAACGGCAGCAAAGUCGACAAAAACCACGUGCAGUCGUCGGCCAAAAAGGGAUCGGAUAAAAAAUACAAAUCACCCGUCAGCGAAGCCACCAAAACUUUGCCGAACGAAGACGAACAGAACGGUGAAGAACCGGACGACGAUCUCGAAUUGCCACCACCCAUGAAACCCAUUUCCGAGUCGAUUUUGGUGAACGCCUCCGACUCGGCCACAGUUCCCUCACAAAGAACUUCGGGACUGUCAGCGGAAGUGACGGCCUCGUCUUCAGCCGAUUUGGCCGAAAUCGAACAGAUCGUCAAAGAUAGAAUGGAACAACACACCACCACCGCCGCAGCCGCCGCCGCAGCCGCUGCCGCUGCCGUGGCCUCCACCGCCAACCCCACCAAUUUCUCCACCGACAAGAUGAGUGGUGAGUUGAGACUGAAAAACGACGACGUCGAGUGCGAAGAGGCGUUACACAAACGGGAGUACGUGAUGAGAGAGCUGGUCGAGACCGAACGGGACUACGUCAGAGACUUGUCGCUUGUGGUUGAAGGCUACAUGACCGUGAUGAGAGAUCCCGAGGCCGCUGGCUGUGACAUCCCCAUGCCUGAGGAUUUGAGGUCCGGCAAAGACAAAAUGAUCUUCGGCAACAUCGAACUCAUCUACGAAUGGCACCGAGACGUAUUCUUGGCGGCCGUUGAGCGAUGUCUCACCCGACCGCACGAGCUCGGCAAGCUGUUCAAAAAAUACGAACGCAAGCUUUUGAUGUACGUGGUUUACUGUCAGAACAAGCCAGUUUCCGAAUACCUCGUCUCUGAUCACAAUGACUAUUUCGAGGAAAUGCGUCAGUUCCUAGGCCACAAGCUCCAGCUAAGUGACAUCCUCAUCAAGCCUGUGCAGAGAAUUAUGAAAUACCAGCUGCUGUUGCGGGACAUGUUCAAGUACACGGAGCGGGCUAGGUUGGCAGACGAGAUGGAAGCCCUUCGGCAAGCUAUGCACGUCAUGCAAGUAGUGCCCAAAGCAGCCAACGACAUGAUGGACGUCGGUCGAUUGCAAGGUUUCGACGGCAAAAUCACCGCUCAGGGUAAGCUGCUGUUACACGGCAUGUUGACAUGCGCUGAGGGUCCCAGCCUCAACCCGAACAGAGUACCACCGCACAAGGACCUGCACGUAUUCCUAUUUGAGCAGAGUAUAAUACUCAGCGAAGAAAUGCGCAAGAAGGCGCAGUUCAGCAGUCCAGUGUAUGUUUACAAAGCGCACAUACAGGUGAACAAAAUGACACUGGAUGAGAGGCACGGUUCGUCCAGCAGUAACUCGUCUGAUGACUCGUCUGAUGGGUCUUUCAUCAUCAAAUCCACCGACCCCAAGAGGCCACCGCUGUGGUUUGUGUGCCAUGCGCACAGUGCUGAAUCGCGUUCUGAAUGGUUGCAGAACCUCAGGCAAAUACUCCAGACACAACAGGACUUCCUGAAAGCCAUACAGUCACCCAUAGCGUAUCAAAAAGAACAGACGAAGGAGGCCAGUUAGUUGACAGAGUGCGUCAUAAUAAACAAAUAAAAUGAAAAAUAUAAAAUGUCUUUUCUACUUAACUCGUCAGCUGUGACAGUUUAGUAAGAUUGUGUUCGGCACAUUGACAAUUUAAGUCUGACCAUGUCCCCAAGCAGAUUGAAUAUUAUUAUAAUUAUUAUUAUAUUAUUAUUAUCAAGACGACAUUCCUAUUUUACAUUAUCUUUUAAAUUUUUAUCUAAGUAGUUUUUAAACAUAAUCGAAGAAAAGUAACACUAUUUGUUUUUACAUUUAAGACAACAUCGAUUAAAUAUUAUCAUCACUUGAGAUUGACUUUAAACUUUAGAGCUUUCUAGAGGAUAUAUAUAUAUUUAUGUAUUAUUAUAUUUUUUUUCUGUGAGAACAACGAUUUUCAAAAAAUAAAUCUCUAUGUAGACAACGAUUACAUACAAGUUCCAUAUAAACAUCUUCAGGUUCUUUUUUUUUUUUUUAAGAGUCUAGUCAAAUGUUUAUUUAGACUAAUUUUUAUUUUAUAACUUUUCUUUUACUUUAAUAGUUCUUAUUAUUGUUUAUAAAUCCUGUGCAGUUUUGUACAAAAUUAUUAAUAUUAUUAAAACCUAAAAUAUUUAUACGUAUUAUACUAUAGACAGUACAUGUAUAAUAUAAACAUUAUCCAAUUGUCUAAUAAUAUUUAGUAAAAAAAAAAUUAUUACUAGUGUACUCGUAAUAUUCAAUAGUGAUGGUCCAAUAUUUAAGAUUAUCAUAUCGAUGCCUUAUAUAAUAAGAUUCUAUUGUUAUUGUAUCAAACCAACACCUAACGGACACCAGAUAAUUAAUAUUAAAUUAUUAUAUUUAUUUAAUAUGUAUACAUAUAAAAUAUAAAUACACAAAUAAUGUGAGUGAAUGGGUCUCUGGUGGAUGAUUUGUCAUCACCGUACUCUUAUUAAAACUAAGGUUGUGUAUGUUCGAUUUUGUGUAAUACAUUUUUUUAUUAUUAUUUUAAUUUCAUCAAUAUUAUUAUAAUAUGAUAUAUUAUAAUUAUUUUUGUUUGCCAAAAUUUAAUGCACAAACUGUUGAUUGUAAGUUAUGAUGACAUUAUAUGUUUGUAUAUAAUAUUGAAGAACAAUAAUAAAACAAAAAUUGUUGUUUUUUUUUUUAA